GUUCGAGGCGUUCAGAUUUCGUCACAUCUUCAGCUGAAUUGGAUAUUAUUGCAUUGCGUUUCGGGGAGCCUUUUGUUCUUUUUUUUUCUCUAUAGUGUUGAAAGAAUCAAACAGUCGUGAGGAACUCGUUGGGUGUAAAGAUGCACCGAGAGAAAUUCACGAUAACGGCAGACAGAGCUGCACCUGAAGCCCCAGCGCGUGGACUUAUGUCGCUCCAGCAACCGCACUGGACAUCACACAGAGGAGUACGAGGUUCCAAACCUUAUCCUCAGGCGAGGUCAGCAGUUUGACGUCACACUUGAGUUCCAGAGGGACUUCGUGAAGGAAAAUGACGUCAUCAAUCUCAAGUUCGUCACAGGCAGUCGACCUACACAGAGCCACGGAAGUGUCGUUGCGGCCAGCAAAGUGGACAUCCUCAAGGAUGGACAGUGGGGGUACGAGUUCUCCGCCGUCAACGGCAAGUCAGUCACCCUCCGAGUAUGUUCCGCCAGUGACGCGAUCGUGGGCAGGUAUGAGCUAUUUAUAGACACCGCCCACAGAAGUGAUAAAGGCACGGAGACUUGGCGCCACAAACACCCGGAUGACAUCUUCGUUUUGUUCAAUCCUUGGCAGAAAGAUGAUGCCGUGUUCUUGAGCAGCGAGGCGGAGAGACGUGAGUUUGUGAUGGCGGAAACUGGACGCCUAUGGUUGGGCUCUGUGGACAAGCACUUCGUCAGACCCUGGAACUUCGGCCAGUUCGAGUACGUCUGUCUGAUCGCCGCCAUCUCUCUCCUGGAUCGAUCCGAGCUGGCUGACCAAGCCAGAAGCAAUCCAGCCCGUGUGACCAGGACCAUUUGCCAGGCUGUGUUCUAACAUGUGGCCCGGCCCCUGUCACAGCCGUACUGAAGGGCGAUCUUUUUCUGGGCUUCGACACCAAGUAUUUCUUCGCGGAGCUGCAUGGCGGCCGAGUCCACUGGCAGGUGGAUACUGACGGCAACAUGGAGGCCUUCAUGGGAGGGCGUGACGUAGGCGCCGCGCUCAGCACUAAGUCAGUGGGCACCAUCUCCCGCCAAGACCUCACUUCCAGCUACAAGUAUGAGGCCGGUACCAAAGAACUUGAGGCUGUUCGAGAAAAGGCUGCUAAGAUGUGCAACAGAAAGACGCCCACCCUUGUGAAGGGCAGCAAGACAGACGUUGACUUCCGCCUAGAGGGCGGAGUUGAGAGGUCCGGUGACCUCCAGGUGACCCUGCACAUGCGCAACGUUGGUACCGAGGGUCGUGUCAUUGACGUGUAUAUGGGGGUGCUGUCAACGUUCUACACUGGAGUCACUGCGGUAGAGCUGAAGAAGCUUAUUACGUCAGCAGUAGUGGAGGCUCAGACAGAUGCCACCUCUGUGAUUGACCUGAAAUGUUCGGAGUACAUUGAACAGAAGGAGACGGACAGUAACCUGACAUCUUACGUCAUGGCCAAGGUCAGAGAGACUGGUCAACGCUUCGCCACUGUUCAGAGCCACUGUAUCGACAGGCCACAUCUGGACAUCAAGACUGAGGGCCGGGCAGUCCAGGGUCAAAACUUUCAAGUUGUGGUCAAGAUCUCCAACACUCUGUCUGUUCCACUGACUGGCGGGGUCCUAGCUGUGGACGGACCUGGACUAUCGCGUACCACUGGCAUUAAACUGAGAAAACCGCAGAUUGAGCCUGGCGAGGAAAUCAGAGAGACGGUGACGCUGACAGCCCGGAGACCCGGCGUGAAGGAGAUCAUUGCGGUGUUCUACAGCAGGCAGAUCUGCAACGUCACAGCGGUAGCGGAAGUUGACGUAGUCAAGGAUGAGAAGAGUUUAUAGGAUUUUCACAUUGCUGCGCAAGCGAACUGCAGACGAUCAUGUUAUUUUUACCUUAUAAUUCGAGAGAAAAAGAUGCAAGGAUGUGGUAUUUUGACUGACUGUAAAUAUUUUACUCCCAAAUAGACAAAAUAUUAAUAAAUUAGGACGAGGACUGCUGGGCCGGUGUCUAUCGUGGCCAACCCGCGUUUAGUGGAUUUCUACAUCCCUGCAUUUGUUUUAAAUGGGCAUUUUUACUAGACUUUUUAAAAACCUUCCACUCGCGGGAAUCAUACUUGUGUAUUAUAGGCUAAAUGCAGAACCCAGAGCCUAACCCUGUCACCUCAGACGUCGGUACACAGUGUUGGAGUAACCGAAAUAUUUUGUGAAAAGAAAAGGAAUGAUUGCACGUUACGUACGUGGGUGGGUGAGCGGGGGGGGGGGUAUGAGAGAGAAAGUGGAAAGUCACUCGUAUUCCAUCUCUUUAGGCCUUAAACCAUAAUAAAACAAGUGAUAUCUUGCCUUUUUUUGUCGGCAACAUAUCUCUUUGAUCAUAAAGACAUAAGUAACUAUGGUAGUUAUCAAAUGCCCUGUGGUAUAGUAAUGUGGUCCAAAGGAAGGGUAAAGUCAGCUUUGAGUCAAUCUCUACGUUGACUUUGACUUUAGAGUUUCCUUAUUAAGAUAUGAGAAUUACUUGGGCGCACAGGCCUUUACUCAUGAUAAACUAAUACCAUGACUCGGGCCUGUUCAGACCGCAUUCACUUCUGGUUGUGACUUGAUGCUUUUCUAAAUGUCCUAAACACGGGCAGAUUGAGAACAUUCUUGCAACGUCCAAGAGAGAGAAAAAAGUUUCAAAAGUUCAAGGCCCAAUAAAUGCAAAACCUGGGGUGGGGGGGGGGGACUUAAAAACAAAGGGAGAUUCCUAUUUACAGAGAAAGUGAAAAGAAUGAGCGUACUCAUCUAAUACUCCAUCCACUGCAAUCCUGUUAUCUCAUCGUACUAUUUAAUUUCCAGCUUGCAUUUAUCUGUCAUAAUCAUUACUAUAUUACAACUUGGUCGAAGAACAAAUAAAUACAAUAGGCUUUCGCGUAAAUUUUGUGAAGCGGCCAGUUAGUGUGGAGAAUUGAUCCAUUACUUCGCGCAAGAUUUUUGGGUACUAGCUAUUUAUAAUUCCUCCAGAAUACAUCAGACAUCUUUCUGCGUAGCAGGAAAAGUAGGCCUAUAUUAUUUUAAUGUAUGUUGUAUAUUAUAUAUAUACCAACUUCAGCAUUCAAAACUGGAGUACAAUAAAUAUUCUAGUUCGUCCCAUGAUAGGAAACUGGGGUGAGGAGAAUGAUAACCUCUUGACAAUACUAUAAUUUUUUCACCCCCAUUGACACAGUUUACAUAUAGGAGGCGGGCUGCUCAAAUCCUGCCUGCCUAGGACAAAUCAGGUUUAGGAGAAUACAGCAUCCCAACAGAAACAUGAAGGUACAUUCUGGCACUCAAUAAAAAGACUGCCCCACUCAGGAAUCAAACUCAUGCUUUCCACAUGAGACGGCGAAGACCCAAACACAUCAGGGUAAAAAAAAGUAAUAAGACAGGAAAGAAGAUUUAAAUGAUACUGUAGGC